AAAAGGAUCAGUUAAAAAAAAACACAAAACAAAAUGCUGCCAUAGGUAAUUACAUAUCAGAACACAUUUUAAUUAUGGACAAUAGUCCCUUUAAGAUAGCAGUGUGUGACGCUGCUACAGACGCACCGCCUUUUUUAUUAUCUGUGCCGCCUGUCGAUGUUCUUACAAUUUACCUAGGUUUGUGUCCAAAAUCGGUUACAGAAAAAAAAACACUUGCGCUUCAACUUUGAAGCAAUGUAACUACCAGGGGUUUUCUUGCAGUGUCCUGCCAACAUCAGAGGUGCCUUCAAUAGGAAAAUUGUAAUUACCAGUGAACAUUGCUGAAAAACAGCUAGUACGUGAUCGGCGCAAAAGCCUGUUGGCACCAAUGUUUUGGGCAUGCGCAAACCGCAAAGGGCAAACGCAGCUGUUUUUCGUACCAGUUUCUGACGUACCACAAAACAACGUGACACGGAUUGUGUGAGUGCCAUGUCAGUGGCAGGUGCUCGGGCCCGGGCAAAGAAGAAAGCCCCUGUGGUGGAGCCAGCAGGCGAGAACCAGCCACUCCGCUCUUCCGGGAGACAGGCAAAAAGGAAGGCUACAGAAGCAGAGGAAGAUGAAGACCUUUCUGAGAAGAAGUACAGGAAGUGUGAGAAGGCAGGCUGCACAGCCACAUACCCUGUGUGCUUUGCUAGUGCCUCUGAAAGGUGUGCCAAAAAUGGCUAUACAUCUCGAUGGUACCACCUAUCCUGUGGAGAACAUUUCUGCAAUGAGUGUUUUGAUCACUAUUACAGAAGUCAUAAAGAUGGAUAUGAGAAGUAUGCCAGCUGGAAGAGGAUCUGGACUGGCAAUGGUAAAAGUGAGCCCAGUCUUAAAGCCUUUAUGGCUGACCAGCAGCUUCCAUACUGGGUGCAGUGUACCAGGCCAGACUGUGGGAAAUGGCGACAACUAACAAAGGAGAUUCAGUUGACCUCAACGCUGGCCAUGACAUACCGCUGUGGGAUGAAGUUUAAUAAUGUCAAGAAUGAAGGUCCGGACCAGUGCACCCAACCUGAAGACAUGAGGGUAGCUGAAGUGAUUGACAGCUGGUGGCACUCUAUGCUUAUCUUGCCCCCGCUGCUAAAGGACAGCCCUGCAAACCCUUUUCUAAUGGCCUACUAUCCAGACUGUGUGGGCAUGAGCCCCUCCGGCUCCCCCUGCACACACUCCCUCCACGACAUGAAGGCCGAACACUGCAGGGUUAUCCAGCCACAGAUUCCAGGCUUAUGCCCCAACUUCCAGCCUUUUUACCAGCCUAAUGAGUGUGGGAAGGCCCUGUGUGUGAGGCCAGACAUGAUGGAGCUGGAUGAGCUGUACGAAUUUCCUGAGUACUCGCGCGACCCUACCAUGUACCUGGCGUUACGGAACCUUAUUCUGGCCUUCUGGUACAGGGACUGUAAGGAGGUCCUCACACCUCAGAAGUGUGCUCCUCACAUCAUUGUGCGGGGGCUGGUGCGAGUACGCUGCGUUCAGGAAAUGGAGAGAAUCCUCUACUUCAUGACCAGGAAGGGCCUCAUCAACAUGGGUAUUCUGUCUGUGAAAGAACCCCUUCUUCCGGAACAGUACUGCAAAAAAAAAGUUAUUGUCAUUGGAGCAGGAGCAUCAGGAUUGGCUGCUGCCUGCCAGCUUCAAAACUUUGGCAUGCAAGUGGUUGUCCUGGAGGCGAGAGACCGGAUUGGAGGGCGUGUCUGGGAUGACAAGUCACUGGGCCUCGUGGUGGGAAGAGGAGCCCAGAUUGUGAACGGCUGCAUUAACAACCCAAUUGCACUAAUGUGUGAGCAACUGGGUAUUAAGAUGCACAAGCUAGGAGAAAGGUGCGACCUGAUUCAGGAGGGGGGCCGGGGAACGGACCCUUCCAUCGAUAAGCGCAUGGACUUUCACUUCAACGCCAUCCUGGACGUGGUGUCUGAGUGGAGGAAGGACAAGACACAACUCCAGGACGCCCCGCUCGGAGAAAAGAUCCAGGAAGUCUACAAAGCCUUUAUUCAUGAGUCUGAAAUUCAGUUUAGUGAACUGGAGGAGAAAGUGUUGCAGUUUCACCUCAGCAACCUGGAGUUUGCUUGUGGCAGUAACUUACAACAGGUGUCUGCACGCUCUUGGGACCAUAAUGAGUUUUUCGCACAGUUUACCGGAGAUCACACACUGCUCACUCGGGGAUAUUCCUCUGUGAUUAACAAGCUGAGUGAUGGACUUGACAUCCGACUACAAACCCCGGUUCAAGCUGUCGACUAUUCAGGGGACGAAGUUAAGGUCACUUCAUCUGAUGGGACCCAGUGGAUAGCACAAAAGGUGUUGGUUUCUGUUCCACUGGCUUUGCUUCAGAAGAAUGUUCUGCAGUUUAACCCGCCUCUGCCAGAGAGGAAGCUGAAGGCCAUUCACAGUUUAGGAGCAGGGGUCAUUGAGAAGAUUGCCUUGCAGUUCCCUUACAGAUUCUGGGACAGUAAAAUCCAAGGCGCAGACUUCUUCGGUCACCUUCCGCCCAGCUCGGACAAGCGUGGGCUGUUUGGUGUGUUCUAUGAUAUGGACCCCCAGGGGAAACACAGUGUUCUGAUGUCUGUCAUCACUGGUGAUGCAGUUUCAAUUAUCAGGGAUAUGGAAGACAAGCAGGUGUCAGAGUUCUGCAUGAGCAUCCUCCGGGAGCUGUUUAAAGAGCAGGAAGUCCCAGACCCUAUGAAAUACUUUGUCACGCGCUGGAGCCAGGAUAUGUGGUCCCAGAUGGCCUAUAGCUUUGUGAAGACUGGAGGGAGUGGAGAGGCUUAUGACAUUAUAGCAGAGGAUAUCCAAGGCAAAGUAUUUUUUGCUGGGGAGGCUACCAACAGACACUUCCCCCAGACAGUAACAGGAGCUUACUUAAGUGGUGUACGAGAAGCAAGUAAAAUAGCUGCUUUGUAACUGUCAAGAAACAGGAAACCUGCCUUCAGCGCAACUGACGUUUUGCAGUGAUGCCAGUCCAGCACUGCCUAGACUGAAUAAGCUACUUGCUGAUGAGUUUCACUGACAGGACAGAUGGGGACUGGUGCUUUCAUGUCAGAGUAUUCCUCUUCUGCUACCAGAUACUGCUUAUUUAAUGUUGCAGGGGACAGCAGUCUUGAGGGAAAUUUAUGGCUAGGAUUUUAUUUGCCAUGGAAUACAAGUCAUCUUGAAAACAUGCAUAUUUAUUUGCUGUUGUUCUUAGCAUGGAACAGUUUGAUUCCAUGUAUGUCACAUCAGCAUGUGAAGGUCAGCAUUCCUCAACAAGAUCAAAAUUGCUUUGUUUGGAUUUGUCUUGACAUCAACUCACUUUCUGGUUAAGGGCAUAAAUGUGUCUGCACAGAACCAAUAAGGCUCAGAUAAACUGCGAUGAAAACAUGCCAACUUGCAGCCAUCCAGGAGUGAAGUAAUGCAACCGUUUUAAAAUGGUCACGGUAAGCUCAGUGUAGAGUACAGCACUUAAGGUUUUAUGAUCAAAAUUUCAAAUAGUUUUUAAAUGGGGUAGUAUUUAAUCCAGCAUUACCUUAACUGCAUGUCAUCUUUAUAUCGUUGCCCUUCUUUUUCUACUAGUAAGUGGUAACUUGGUUUAUUAGUAAUUUAAUUUCUAAAUGUGCCAGUAGUAUUCAUGAUGCCCGUUUGCAACACUAUUCCCAGCUUGUAAGGAAAGGAACCUAUUGUGGUUGAAUCCAUAACCCCCAGAAAUAUGAAUGUUCAUGUAAAAUACCCUCCCUAUCCCUAUGGCUACAAUGUACCUAACAGCUAGACAGAAAUUAAAACAUUAAUUCUGCUUAAAGCCAA